CCUGGGGCUCCCCUUCCCAUGGGAAUUCUCCUUGGCGCGGCCGGUCCCGGGCUGGGGCGGGGGGUGCGGAGAGGGGAAGAGGGGAGCUGCGGCAGUGGUGCCGCUCGGCUGGCGAACUACUAUGGAACCUCGGCAGCCCUGUAGAUUUGGAAGGCUUAAAUCCAAGUUUGGAAAGGCCUUUUCCAUUCCAGAUGAUUUGCUGGCUUAAGCGCUUAAUUAGGAUGGCAUUUGAACAAGUUGGAUUGAAGAUGGAAUCAGUGCUUUGGUCAAGCAAGCCUUAUGGUUCAUCUCGAAGUAUUGUAAGAAAAAUUGGUACUAACCUCUCUCUUAUCCAGUGUCCAAGAGUUCAGUUUCAGCUUAUUUCUCCUGUCACGGAAGGAAACCGUCCUGCUCAACUUAGAGAAGAUGCAGUGGCCUCCUUUGCAGAUGUGGGCUGGGUUGCUGAAGAAGAAGGAGAAGUCUUUACAAGGCUCAGAUCAGAAGUUUGGUCACAAACAGCCCAGCCUCCCUCAGGGGAACUACAUCAUUCCAGGAGGUCUCCAUGUAGACAAGUGUCCUUACAAAACCCACAGGAAGAAGAACCAGUGCCCAGGAGCGCAGUGAUGGCAAAUGAAGAAGCACUGCAGAAGAUCAGUGCUCUAGAAAAUGAACUGGCCACUUUAAGAGCACAAAUAGCCAAAAUUGUAACCUUGCAAGAACAGCAGAACUUGACAGCAGUUGGGUCAAGUCCACUUGCUCCAGCUGCUGUCCCUGUUGCACCUCCACCGCCACCACCUCCUCCUCUGCCACCACCCCCUCCCUCGGGUCUGCAGCAGAGCAAGUCUGCCAUUGAUCUCAUUAAAGAAAGGAAAAACAAAAACACGAACUCUGGCCAGAGCGUGAUGGAAAACGGGCCAAAGAAGUCUGAAGUACCAAACAUGCUAGAAAUCCUCAAAGACAUGAACAGUGUGAAACUACGCUCGGUGAAAAGAUCCUCAGAAGGUACAAAACCUAAAGUGGCUGACCCUGCAGAUCCUGCAGCAUUAAUAGCAGAAGCUCUCAAAAAGAAAUUUGCUCAUCGAUACCGAAAUGACAGCCAAAGUGAAAUAGAAAAAGUGAUUCCAAAGACUGAAACAAAGACACAGACUGAGGUAGUGCUGUUUGGGCCGCACAUGCUGAAGUCCACAGGAAAAAUGAAGACUUUAAUUGAAAAAUCCUAGUGAAUUCAGAUCACUACACGAAAGACUGUUGAGCUCCUUUCUCCGAAAUAUUUUAUAUUGCAAAUAGCACUAGUACUGAGUGGUCUCUUUCUUACAGCACAGACUCAAUGUGAAGUAGAAGUGAGGCACUAAACGUGGUUGUAUGUGAUUUGUCAAGGGGAAUAAAUUGGACCAUUAUACUCAGGUAUUAAUUUUGCAGUCAAGCCUGGCUUUCCACUCAGACUUACAUGGUGGAUUUAGUUUAUUAACACUAAGUUAUAUAUACAGCAUUCUUUAUGCAUAACUGACCAUCUUAAAAAUCUGUGUACAUGUUAAUGAUGAUGGUGAUACACCCUUAAGUUAAUAUCAGUUAUUUGAGCUCUACCUGUAACUUGCACUACAAUGUGUAAUUUGAUAUUGAAAUUUUCAUGUUGAAGUCUUUCUUUUAAAUUUAACUUAAGCAAAAUUUUAGCCCAAAGAAAACCUGGAGGCACUUUGCUUCUUAGUGAAACAAAGGAAAAACUUGAAUCUGCUGCAGAGUUCAGAUAAAUUUUAAGUAAUAGCACACUUUUGCGCAGGGUUGUUUGUUUCAAAUGAGCUUGCAAGGCUAAGAGAGUAAAACCUGCUUACAUCGUCCUGUGGCCAUUAUAAAGAGUGCAGGACAAGGGAGUAAAUCCUGCUGUGGGAGCCUCUGUGAACAGGUAGUCCAGUGAAUUUGAAAUAGCCAGUAGAGAGCAGCAGAGUUAAAUAGUAAGAGAAUAUGUGUUAAUUAGAGUAGAAACAGUGUAGGUAAGAAAAUAAAGGUACAAAGUACUGUGGGGUACAAGUACAUUGUUCACCUCUGCUGCUCUAAGGGAUGUUUGUGGACACCUUUCUCCCCAGCUGUUUUGGGUCCCUGAAUAAAUUUCUGGCAGCUGGGACCUGCACACCCUCAUGGUCCUGUUUGCUGGGAAGACAUGGGAUAAUUGCACAUAACCUGCUUGCCAAGGAAAGCCCUUCUGAGGCUUCCCCACAGCAAUUAUUUGCUGCCAGACCUGCACCAACCACCUCAGCUCAUGGCUCCAGCCACAGAUGUAGAAAAGGCUCAAGCUAAACAUACAAAAAAGCUGUUCAGGAGCUCAGAGCUACAGCUUAGCUACGCUGUGAAAUGAAGCCAAGCUUUGCUCUGACCAUAGAUGGGAGUAGAAAAGGCUGAGCCUGCUCUAAGUUGAUCCUGGCUCCUGGGACAAGUACAACUGUCUCUAGAAGCUUCUGUUUUCUAGGAGAAGACAAAAGCAGCACUACUUAAUAAAGAGAACUGAAUGACGAGGUUACUGGAGAUGAAGCUUUGCUGCUUGUAACUGGAAUGUAGGCUGUACAAUGGAGGAGGGGGUUUUCUGGGGUGGAACUUGAAAUGGUGUUAAUAUGUACACAACGUAACUUCCUUCUAAAAUGCUCUGCCAUCAGUCUUACUGACAGGCCAUUCAAUCCUUGAGUUCAUUUAAAUGACUUAAAACCAAAAUUAACUUUCAAAAAGGUGUUUUAAACUUUUGUAUUUUAUGCUCUUAUUGCCACUAUAUAAAAUUAAAAGCAGUUAAAAUAAACAUGGUAUAUUUGAUUUGUGGUACUCUACAAAUGAUAGCAGCCACAGUAAAGUAUAGUUUACAUUCUGUUACAAUGACUGUAAAUCACUGUAGUGACAACCAACUUCCAUCUCCUCCAGGACUGGUCUGCUUACCUUGCUGUGCACCAGGAGUGACAGAGUUAGUCUAGAAAAGCCCCCCACACUGUUAACUUAGUUACAUUCAGGUUAAACGACAACAACAAAAAAAAGGGUAUGAGGAACCAGUGAGAAGUUUAUGCCUCACC